AAAUCUCACCCAGUGUGUGUCCAUCCUUACUCGAACACAAGUCGGAAGUUAUUUUACCGUAACAUUUUUGGCACUCCCCUGGCACUCACUCUCUCAAAAGAGGGGGCACUGGACGCUGGAGAGAAGAAGCAUUCAUUCCAGCGCUUCUUGAUGCCCUGUAGGAGAUUAGAGGCCACUUUGAUGGCGUUCGUAGCAAAAGCGAAGUGUAGGACUUGUUGAUGGGGGAGACUUCUAACCUCGUCAGUGUUCUUGCUACUUCCCAAUUUAGUUUGAUUUUUUUUUUUUUAGUGAGUUAGAAGGAGUUUUAUCAUUGUUAGUUUCAUGGCCUGAAAAAUGUUUUUUUAAAGUCUGAUGAUCCGUGGAUUUGGAAUUACUGGAAAUAUUCUGUUGAAAGCGCCUCCGUCGUUGGAAGAUCUUUGGCCACUUGAAGCGGUUCCCGAACUCCUGGAAACCCGACCUACUCACUUCCAGUUGAACGGCCUCUAUGUGACUGACAGAUGUCUGACGACGAAGAUUGUUGUUGGUAAUCAGCUGGUUUGAAGGAGGCAGGCGAUUGGCCGCUUCAGGAAGAGCGGUUCCCGAACUCCUGGAAACCCGACCUACUCACUUCCAGUUGAACGGCCUCUAUGUGACUGACAGAUGUCUGACGACGAAGAUUGUUGUUGGUAAUCAGCUGGUUUGAAGGAGGCAGGCGAUUGGCCGCUUCAGGAAGAGGUGGCAGCAGCAUCUGUCUCUGCGGCGGCUGCGUCCCACUAAGUGCCAGCGACAUGGUCGGGGCAUACACGACACUGCCACCGGCCGUGGCUGCCACAGUGCCACGUCGGACAGUGUUAAGGGACUCUUGGAUCAGGCACCAGCCUCCGGACUCUCCCGAACCUUCCUCUGCAGCCGCUUCUGCUGCCCCGUCGACGACGGCCUCUCUUCCUUCGUCUUCGCCGCCCCCUCCGAUGACCCCGAGAACGCCCCCGAAGCCCCUGAAGCUGGGGGAACUGCGACAGAGAUGGGACACCCCCAGACCGACGUCUGUAGUCUUGACGACCUACAGCCCGCCGAACACCUCGGAGGAGUUGCAGGGCAUCAGCGGGAGGGUGUCGAAAGCCAAGGCCUUCUUCGAGUCCGGCCCCCUGCAGGAGCGGGAGGAGAUCAAGACGAAGCCGCCCUUGCAACUUCCCUUCCAGCAAGACGAAACGCCCACCGAUACGAUCGUCAGCUACCGAGUGAAGAAUCCCUUACGAAUCUCGCCGACACCGAAGCCUAGGCGGCUGAGGAAUACCAUCAGCACCUUCCCGAAAUGGGUCUCGGAGGACGACUCGAAAACGAAAGACCACGACGUCGCGGUCGCAGAAGAGGACGUCGUAACCGCGGCCGUAUCGUCGUCGUCGCCUCCGACGACGGCGGCGGCUUCCGCAGAAGCGGAUUCCUCUGGCAUCGAGAUAACGUGCGUCAAACCGUCUUACUACCGAAGGCGGUACGGCACAGUGACGGGUCUCAUCAUAGAUCGGACGGACAUAGAGGACGUCCUUCGGAAGAGGCUGGCAGAGGACCGUAACUUGUACGGCGAAGGCGCGGCAAGCGUUGCGGUUCGAAGUGGACAUUCUUAUGGCCCCGUUGAUGAUGAUGAUGACUUUGACGGUGGUGGUCAAGAUGAUGAGGUCGGUGAUGGUGAUGCGAAUUUUGUUUGUGGUGGAGGGGGAGAAGAAGGAGGAGGAGGAGGAAGUGGUGGAGUUAGUGGCGACGAUUACUCCCUCAGCGACGCCGAUUCGCAAACGGCGACGGUCAUAGCGGCUGUUGAUUUUGACUGCGGGACCGGUACUAGCAGCAGCAACAGCAACAGCAACAGCAGGAACAGCAGCAGCAGCGACGAUGAUGAGAUUCACACAGCAAGGAGAGUAGCUGUGGUGGUCUCGGCGGGCGAGAGCUCCACCAGCCAGGAGCAAGAAGAGCAAGAAGAAGAAGAACAGCACCGCCAGGACUCGGUUAGUUGGGGCCGGGACGCCGCGUGGAACAGACAUACCUGUACCUCUCCAUCCCAAGGCCCCUUUCCCUCGUGCCGCCGCCGUUGGGACUACACACAGACGUCGUACGCGAAUACUUCUACGUUCUCCUGCGGCUGGGGCGUCGUCUCCUCCUCCUCGUCUUCUGCUGCUGCUGUCGCUGCCGAAGAGGAGGCAGAAGGAACACACAGUGAGUGCCAGGGUAGUAGUGCCUCGGAGGGCCAUGCCUCGCCUUCGUCGGCGGCGUCGUCGAAGGCUAUGAUCGUCCUACCGCAAGAGGAUGCUGCCGGGAAGGUGCAGGCGGCUGCUGCAGCUACAGCUACAGCCGCCCCGAGGGUGGUAGCCGCCUGCAUCAAGUCCUACCACGACAUCCCGGAGGAGCUCUUCAACAGCUUGCAGGAGAGCUCGGUCGACCCGCAAUCACCGUCGUCAUCGUCACCCUCACCCCCUCCGCCCCCACCUCCUUCGUCGCCUCCUCCCUCAGGCAAAAAUGCCAGCAGUAGUAGUAGCACGUCGCUGGUCCCUACCCCCGCGCCCCGGGGCAGCGAGUGGAAGACCAUGCAGGAAGCCCGGAAGGCCCUGCUCAUGGGCGAAGUGAGCGAUGCAGACACCGAAGAAGAGGAAGAGGUGGGCAGCGAGGUUGAAUUGGGCGGCGUCGCCUCCACCAGCGACUACCACACCAGCGAAGGUCGUGGGUCGUCGCUCUCAGGAGCUAGCGACGACCACCAUAGGCAUGACGGCGGCCAUGACAGCCACCAACCCAAUCAGGCCAAGAACGACCAUGUUUAUUACUACAACAACAACAACAGCUACCAUACAGACUCUAAAGAUGUGGACAUAGAAGACCCGGAAUACGAAUGCUACAACCACGAAGCCUCUCCUCCGACGGUCCUCAUCAGGAACAACUUCAGAGGCUUCUGCAGCACCAUGCUGGGCACCUCCCACGCCCCCCUCCCCCUCCCCGUCUCCCACGACUACAUCAACUCCCCCGUAACGUCACCAAGAGGCGACCACCACCAGCACCACCGUCCCUCCAGCGCCGAAGCAUCCCUCCUGGAGGAGGAACUCCGAGCUGCGGGAAUCUACUUCAGGCGCCCUGGAUCUCCUCCGAGGAUACCCUCCAGAUGCCGCACCCUGUCCCCUCCGCCCCCGCGCCCACCCCCCUCGUCGUCGGCGCUGCUGAAGCGCGAGAGAGGCAGCGUCGGGGAAGCAGAGGCCGUGGCAGCGGCGUUGCACGUGCUCGACGCUUCCCUGGCGGGUUUGAGCGGCGGGGAAGACUCCUCUGGUGAAAGUUCUCCCGCUCGGUCGCACGCCUCCACCGUCGUCGAGAGACGCCACCAACAGCAACAGCUUCAGUGUUCCCCGGACUCUCCGCCCGCUGACACCCUCGCGUCGCCUUGCUCCAUCUCCUCCUCAGCCGCCGCUCCUCACGGGAAUUCCUUCGGCGGCGCCUUCGUCAGAGAAGGAGGAGACUCCUUCUACGGCCCCUCGGAGCCGCCUUCGUCCGGUAACGAUCGCGUCGACGCCCCCGAGAAUAGUAACGCCGGCAGGAGCCCCCCGAGUGUGCGUGUGUAUAUCAGUGGUGACCUGAAUGACAGUGCGGUGGAUUACAAUUACGAGUCGGGAUUGAGUAGUACCUGCAGUGCGGAGGAUAGCAGUAGUCAUAGUCACAGCGGCAGGGAUCCCGAAGGACGCCUCCACCAUCAUGAGAAAGGGCCGGAGGACCCAGACCUAGAAGACACAAGAAGAAGAAGUAGACUCGGCAACUCCGACGGGAUCAUCCGCGGAAGUUACGGACGGGACUCGGCGUCCUCCUCCACCGUGGGCGGAACGGGCGAAGAAGAUGGAGGGGGAGAAGGGCCCUUCGAGGGCCCUCUCCACCACCACCUCCCUCACCCGAAGGAGACGUUCAACCUCAUCGAGGAGGUAUACGUGGACACGAGACCAGCAGUGCCCAGGUCCACCGUCUCAAUGCGGGCAUACUACCCGGGCGUCAAUUACGACUCGUCCUCGUCCUCUUCCCCCAAGAGCUCUCUGAAACCUCCCUCCUCCUCCUCCUCCAGACACCCGGAGAGGGGGACGUCCUUAGACAGCACACAGACGGUGCCAGCGGACAGCGACAGCGGGCAUGAGAGCGGUGCCACCAGUCCUUGUGGUACUCUCAUCCUCGACGAUACCCAGUCACCUCCUCCUUCUCCACCGAACAACCACCAUACCCUCAAGACGCACCACCCCGCCGCCAUCCAUACCCACGCCUCUUCUUCCCUCUCUCACUCCCGCACCUCCAGCCUGCACUCCUGCAGAGGACCUGGAGUGCUGGAGGGGGAGGUGGGCGUGGCCGUCGUGGGCGAUCCUACCCACACCGACAUGGGCGUGGGCGGAAUGGCUCUGGAACCGAGACCGCCCACGCACUUCGUCGUGGUCGCCAUAGAUUUCGGGACGACGUACAGCGGGUAUGCCUUCAGCUUCACCAGAGACCCUGACAGCAUCCAUAUGAUGAAGAAAUGGGAAGGCGGUGACCCAGGUGUUCAGAACCAGAAGACGCCAACCAUAGUGCUCCUCACUCCUGACGAAGAGUUCCACUCCCUGGGCUUCAUCGCCAGGGACACCUACCACGACCUCGAUCCCAAGGAGGCGAAGAAGUGGCUCUACUUCGACAAGUUCAAGAUGGCCUUGCACGCUGAUGAGAAUCUGAGUCGCGACACCUUGCUGGAAGCGGCCAACGGCCGGAAGAUCCCGGCGCUGAAGAUUUUCAGCUACGCCCUCAAGUACUUCAGGGACCACGCCCUCAAGGAGCUGAGUGACCAGGCCGGCGUCGAAGUUCUUGAAGAGGAUGUCCGAUGGGUCAUCACCGUUCCAGCCAUUUGGAGUCAUCCGGCCAAGCAGUUCAUGAGAACUGCCGCCUAUCAGGCGGGAAUGGGCUCAAGCGCUCGGCCAGAGCAACUCCUCAUUGCUUUGGAACCAGAAGCAGCUGCCAUCUACUGCCGAAGGCUCAGAAGGCACCAACUCCUCCCGGAGAGACCGCCUGAGCUUCGGCCGCCCAGGUACUCCGUCAUCAAAGAUUCCACUCCACCGUCUGAGUCCAACUCGGUACCUGCCCUGCCUGAGCUAGACAGAGAGGAGCUUAUAUCGUUACCGUACCGAAGUGUGGAAACUGUAGCCGACUGGUUAAAAGGAGAUACAGUCUAUGCAGUGGUGGACUGUGGAGGAGGAACAGUUGAUAUCACAGUACAUCAGAUGACAGACAAGGCAACUGGCCACUUGAAAGAGCUACACAAAGCAACUGGUGGACCCCAUGGAUCUAAAGGCGUGGAUGAUGAAUUUGAACGUCUGCUGGAGGCAAUAUUUGGGGCAGAUUUCAUGCAAACAUUCCGGCAGCAGAGACCAGCUGCUUACGUAGACCUCAUGAUUGCAUUCGAGUCCAGAAAGCGGAAUGCAUCGCCAUAUAGGAGCAAUCCUUUAAACAUUGCCCUUCCAUUUUCGUUUAUUGACCUCUUCAGGAGAUUCAGAGGAAAGGAUGUGGAAUGGGCUAUGAAGAAGCACCAGAAUUUAGGCGUCAAAUGGUCAGCCCAGGGUAUGUUGAGAGUUGAGCAGGAUACAAUGAGACAACUUUUCAUGCCAACACUUACCAGUAUUACUCAGGCAAUUGAAGCAGUAUUAUCAGCCCCAGAAGUUAAUCACCUUCAGUAUAUGUUCCUAGUGGGAGGAUUUGCAGAAUCUGAACUCUUACAGAAACACAUUCGUGAUACUUUUGGGCACAGAGUCAAUGUAAUCAUUCCACAGGGCAUGGGUUUGGCCAUUCUGCGAGGUGCUGUCCAGUUUGGUCUAGACCCAGGCGUUGUGACUGUACGACGGUCACGUCUGACAUAUGGCGUUGGGGUUCUCAAUCGUUACCAGCGAGGAGUUCAUCCACCGGACAAGAGAGUUGUUGCUGCUGGAUCAGAAUGGUGUGCUGAUGUGUUAGACAGAUUUGUAGCAGUGGACGAGAGCGUGGCUGUAGGUGACGUGGUCGUUCGCCCUUAUACUCCAGCUACUCCAGGGCAGUCUACUGUCAUAUUGCACCUAUAUGCAACUCAUAGACACGAUGCAAAGUUUGUCACUGAAGAUGGUGUGCAACGUGUAGGCACCUUACACCUGGAGCUUGGAACCCCUCAAGAUGAUAACGAAUUACGCAGUGGGAGGAGAGAAAUUACAGUCCAUAUGAAGUUUGGCGAUACAGAAGUUAAAGCCUCGGCAAUUGAUCACUUGACAGGACAAGUAGUGAGAGCAAACAUUGAUUUCUUAGCAUUGUAGUGUAGCCACCUCCUGCACUAAGUGAAAACCAACUUUGAAAGAAAUUGUCAGCAAGUAUAUCAAGAACAAUUAUCGAUAUAAAAAAUUCCCCUUGUUCAGUCAUAUAAACUUGUAUGGUAGUUUUGUCUCCAAAUCUUAAAGUAAUUUUUUGCUUUAAGUAAUAGUUUGGAAUGGUCAAAACUAAUGUCAAGAAGGCACAGCUUCUAGUUUAAAUAGUUGGGAUCCUUUCAAAUAAAAGGACUUGACAAUACACUGAUAUGCCAAAGGUUUGUAAAUAUUGUACCUUAAUGUACUCUUGGAGGAUGUCAUUCCAGGAUCUCUGAAUUCCAGACAUAUAUAGGCCAAAGUUCUAUUGUAUUUUACUUAUUAUAACAGUGUCGAAAAUUAUUUCCACUUAAAGAUUUUCCACUGUAUCUAGCAUAAGACAUAAUUGUACUCUCAGAUGACAUUGUAAAUUUGUGCAGGUCUGUACACCUAUUCAGAUUAGUAUAUACUCGUGACCUUUCCCUUGUGCAGGCUGGUUAUUUUCUUAAGUUUGGUCAAACGUUAUGUAGUUGACUCAGUGAAGGUAAAUAAACUUUCGUUUCUUGAGAACUUUCACGGAAAUUUCCUGAUAAAGACAAAACGAAGUAUGUAAUUGGAUAACCCAGUCUUCUAGUCAACUAUUGUCAGAAGGGAAAGAUAGACUAAAUCCUUAGUUGACACUAAGAACUCUGUGACAGUGUGUUCUGGCUGUCCAAUAAAACAUUAGUGUUCAAGAUAAUGCUCAGUCACUUGAAGCCAGAGCAAACUGUUUUAAAUCUUCUCACUUGUGUAUAUAGCUUACGUGUUCUUGUACUGUGAACUUGCAUAUACUUCAAUUAACAUUUUGUUUGAGCAGUUUGCAAUGUACCUGUUGUACCGAAUUAUUCCAUUACCCAUUAUACUAAAAUAUUUAGUCGUGAACAUUUCACGCCAAAUUAUCCGUUGGACUUAACCAAUUGAAUUACAGACUGCUCUUAAUAAACAUUGUCUAUUUUUUUUUCCCUGUAAUAAAAAUUGUCAAUA